AUGCAAUGGCAUGUGAAAGAUACUCAUUCUUGGAUAAUCAAGAGCAUCAUCAAACUUAGAGAGACUGCUAAUGCUAGUGAAUACUGGGCAAAGAGUAUUCAGGAACAAAAGUACAAAACUAAUGCUAUGUAUGCUGAAAUCCAUGGUAGCAAUACUGAUAUGAGAUGGAAAGCAAUGUUUUAUAAGAAUUUUGCCCGACCUCGCGCUUGCUUUAUCACUUGGCUGGCCCUCUGGGAACGACUACCUACUAAAGACAGACUUGCAAAGAUUAAUAUCAUCACUGAUGGGGUUUGUGUUUUUUGUGGUGAACAGGAUACUAUGAUGCAUUUAUUUUUUCAAUGUAGAUACACGGCCCAGAUAUGGUGCUGCAUUCUGAACUGGUUAGGCUAUCGAAGGCAGGCUGGAAAUUGGAGACAAGAAAGUUUUUGGCUCAGUAUGGAAACUAAAAAGAAAGGAUGGAGAAGAGUUUUGUUACGCAUGGCUGCUACUGAAGCAAUUUAUCACAUAUGGCAAACAAGAAAUGCUCUUUGUUUUGAACUAAUCCCACCUACUCGAGAUCUUGUUCCCCAAAUUCAAUCUGCUGUGGCCUUACGGGCACAGUCUGCCAAAUGUGUGAAAAGCCAUAUUCACCUAGGAACUUUUGAAAUUAGAUAG